UGCAGACCAACCACAUUGAAUAAUUCAGGCACCAAUUUUAAACCGUCAUCUACACAAAUCACUGUGUAGAAAAUAAGUGAUCGAAUAUAUAUUGCCAGCAAUUACAUUUGCUAACAUUAUUUAAGGAAAGAAAACGUACAAAAUAUUUCCAUUGCCAGAGUAAAGUUGUUGCUCUCCUUCGCUGAACACCUGCAACUAGCUACGUGAGCUAAGUACAGUACAGUAACGUUACAGUAAGCUACAGUAGCUACCUUGAAUGCAAACUUUGCAUUUAGCUUGCUAGCUUCGCCAAAAUGCCAUCUCGUGUUGACGAUUACAAGGUGUUGUAUACCAUAGGAUCAGGGUCUUAUGGCAAAUGUCAGAAAAUACGGAGGAAAUCUGAUGGGAAGAUUCUAGUUUGGAAGGCGCUGGACUACGGCACAAUGGCUGAGAGCGAGAAGCAAAUGCUGGUGUCCGAGGUCAACCUCCUCCGUGAACUGACGCAUCCAAACAUUGUGAGAUAUUAUGACCGCAUCAUAGAUCGGACCAACACUACACUGUACAUCGUUAUGGAGCACUGCAAAGGCGGCGACCUCUCCAGCCUCAUCACCAGAUGCAUCAAAGAAAGGCGUUACUUGGAGGAGGAAUUCAUCAUGCGAGUCAUGGCACAGCUCACUCUUGCACUGAAGGAGUGCCAUCGCCGGAGCGAUGGUGGGGCCACAGUGCUGCACAGAGAUCUCAAGCCCGCCAAUAUCUUCCUGGAUGUCAAGCAAAAUGUCAAGCUCGGUGACUUUGGUCUCGCAAGAAUCCUGAACCAUGACACCAGUUUUGCUAAGACUUUCGUCGGAACCCCUUACUACAUGUCGCCUGAACAAAUUAAUCGCAUGUCCUACAACGAGAAAUCGGAUAUCUGGUCCCUGGGAUGCUUGUUGUAUGAACUCUGUGCCUUAUCGCCUCCUUUCACAGCUUAUAACCAAAAAGAGCUGGCAGAGAAGAUCCGAGAGGGGAAGUUCAGGAGGAUCCCCUACCGGUACUCAGAGGAGCUGAACACACUCCUGUCCAGAAUGCUCCAUUUAAAGGACUACCUGAGGCCCUCGGUGGAGUCCAUUCUCCAGAGCAGCCUGUUGGUGGACGUGGUCGCCGAUGAGCAGAGGAGGAUGCAGGUGCGCAACUGGAGGAGUUCGGCUAAUCCAGAGAACCCAAAGCCAACCGGGUCUUCAACCCCCCCGACUGCUGCGGCGCUGAGGCUCAAGGAGCAAUUGCUGCGGGAGAGGGAGAAGGCCCUAAAGGAGUGCGAGGAGAAGCUGGAGCAGCGGGAGCAGGAGCUUUGUGUUCACGAGAGACUAUCGAAUGAGAAACUUGCCAGAGCGGAGAGUUUGUUGAAGAGCUGCAACCUGGUAAAACAGCAGAAGACCCUGCCACCACUCUAUUCCAAUGACAUGGAUGUGGGAGAGGAGAAUGUCCCCCCUGAAAAGAUGGUCAGUUUUGCCAGAGACAGCAAAGAGAACCAGAGGCCUGAUCAGAAGCAGAGUGAGAAGAGCCAGGAGCUGGGGCUGAAGAGGAGGCUGCAGGCAGCCAACCUGCGGACCCAGGCCCUGGAGGAGGUGGAGAGGAACUACCAGCUCAAGAGCAGGCAGAUCCUAGGCAUCCGCUAGCACCAGAAGAGCCUGCUGUUUAGGGCCUGAUUAUCAGUGUCAUGUAAAUGGAUGUCUGAGCUACAUCCCAGAAGCUACUGGUCUCUGCUCAGUCUUUCUGACUAAUAGAGAGUUUUAGAGCUACUGAAACCUAGUGGUCACACCCUUUCGGGAAAAUGUGUAGCUUUAAUUUAUUUGUAUCAUAUUGUGAGUGAUUGUACUGUGAUGAAAUGGCUAAAUAUUGGAUACCAAAUAUAUGUUUUUUACUGGUGUGUUUGUUUUUUCCACCUUGACAUUUCAAAUGUGUCGAUGUUAGACUGAAUUGCACUAAAGUUAUGAUGCUUUGUACAUACUGUGGCAUUAAAAAUAUAUUUCAAGGGC